UAACCAAGUUUCAAAAUUCAAAUCAAACAUCUAGGUAUGAAUUUUAAUUAAUUUUCUAGAAUGUUAAUUUAAUGUGCCUACCUUAACGAAAACAUAGGAUUCGUUAAAUUUGUAACAAUACCGUGUUUAAUAAUUAUUACUAUUAUCACUGAGGACUAUUUUCGCCGCUAACUAAAACGAGCGCACUCGUUUAAAUUAAUCUCAAAGCGUAGUGUAGCAUUAUUGUUAUCAGAGGUACAUACUAAAUAAUAUUUAACAGUGUCAGUGUCUUCAUAUUUAAAUUUUAGGUUAGUGCUUUAGUUGUCUAAUUAAAAAUGAUUAUAACAAGAAUAAGCUCAUUUAAACAAAUUAGAGAAUUAAGUUUACGAUGUGUGUCAACAAUAAACCAAAAAGCGGAGAAUGUGGGGCCGGUAGUGUUCCAAAAGCUGAGUGGCGACGACCGCGGCAUUGCGGUGUAUGGCUUGAACAGCCCUAACAACAAAAAUGCAUUGGGGUUUGAUCUCCUACAAAGCAUGAAGGAAGUGAAUAAAUUAAUAAGAGAGGAUACAAAAAUUUCAGUGGUCAUACUCCACAGUUUAGUCAAAGGCAUAUUCUGUGCUGGAGCCAACCUCAAAGAGAGAUUUAAAAUGAAUGACGAUGAGGUUGCAACAUUUGUGCGAACACUGAGGAACACAUUCAUUGAAAUAGAAGACCUGCCCAUGCCCACUAUAGCUGCUGUUGAAGGAGUGGCUGUAGGGGGAGGCCUAGAACUAGCUUUAGCCUGCGAUAUAAGGAUAGCUGCAGAAACAGCCAAACUUGGCUUGGUGGAGACAGGACGUGGCCUCAUACCUGGCGCAGGGGGCACUCAGAGGCUCCCCAGGGUCAUACACCCUAACAUUGCCAAGGAACUGAUCUUUACCUCAAGAAUUGUUACUGGGAAGGAAGCUAAGGAUCUUGGUGUGGUGAAUCAUGUAGUACCACAAAACAGUACGAACAAUGCAGCAUACGAAAGAGCAAUUAGUAUAGCACGGGAGAUAAUCUCCAAUGCUCCCAUAGCUCUGCGCUGUGCCAAACAAGCUAUCAAUGAAGGAGUCCAACUUAGCAUCAAGGAUGGAUAUGAAGUGGAGCAGAAGUGUUAUGAGCUAAACAUCCCAACACAGGACAGACGUGAAGGCAUGCUGUCCUUCAUUGAGAAAAGAAAACCCCAGUAUAAAGGACAUUGAUGCAUUUAUUGUUAAAUUAGUAUAAUAAAUAUUGUUAUAGAAUUCACACCAACAUACAGUGUCAGGGAUUUGACAGGACAAAAUUUUAGAAAAAGUCAUAUAUUUAUCAAAUUUAAAGCAUUUUUUUGCAACCCUGGCAGAAGCUAUUUCUCUGGCACUGCACAAUUGUAUUGAUGGGCUGAAAUAUAGAAAAGCUGUGAUUUUUUGCUGUUGUUGUCUUGUUAAGUUACAGUACAUAUUUAGAUAUUUUUAUAUUCAUAUUUCUAUAUACAUAUGUAUUAUUAAAUUU